GGGAUAAAUAAGGCGCAGUUUGGAGAUCUGGAUUGGGCGACAAAGAUGAAGGGAGCCUCAGACACUUUGAUAGAGGACGUGUACACCGUACUGAUGCCUCCUCCAAAUUUCCUUCCCUGUAGGGCCACCAAUGAUGCAGGACAAUCUGACGCGUCAGAUGCUUCGACUUCGACAGCAAAAUCUCCUCGAACGCGCCCCCGUUCCUCUGAAGACGAAGACGCGUGUACCAGUCCCAAGCGGGUUAAAACCGAUGUCGAAGAAGGAGGUCGCGCAGAAGCGCAAGUCGAGUCUUCCCGCGCCGCCGCAUUGCAGAGACAGAACCGUCCCCGACUCAGAGAUGACUCUCUUGAUGACAUACACAUAAAUACCAGUCUCAAACGCCAAAUUAUUGAGACGAAGAACCGUUGAUUUGGACGAAGAACCGUUGAAUGCUGCUACGUCCGACAGUCCUCGCUUUCCAGUCAACCUCCUAAUUCCAAUUUUCUUCCCAAACAGGCCCUCGAGAAUCUCGAAGACCAAGAAAUGUAUCCCCCCUGCGAAGCCCACAAUCCCGUAGCUCUUCCCCCACGGGCAUCAGACAGUUCCCAUUCCGAUCCCGGUCAUGCGCGCCCCGUAUUAAGACAUGUCCGAGUAGUUUCCGCCUUGCAUCUGCGUGUCGGCUUGGUGGUCUAGUAGUAUGAUUCCUUGUUGGGGUGGAACGUUGUUACAGUAUCGAGGAGGUCCUGGGUUCAAUUUCCAGUCAAGCCUCAUGAUGGUGAUAUCUAGGUUUCAUUUUUCUCUUUUAACACUCAACGAGUAUAGUGGACUUUGGACUAGGGUUGCUCAGGAAACCUCAAGGGGGUCAGUUACUGUUUCUCACCCACCCCUCCCCAAG